GAAUUGUGUGAUGGCAUUGUUGCCUUCCCCUAUGCCCUUUGGGCCUCCCUUCCCCAGGGAAGUUCCGGAAAUUAUAAAUCUCUAUUAUAUAAGAAGUAUAUAUUUGAACUUUUUAAGUUGCCUUUAGUUUUGGUCCUGAUUUUUCUUUUUACAAUUAUCAAAAUAAAAUUUAUUAAGAAAAAGGAUCCUGUGGUUGGAGGGUUUGGUCUGGAUAUAGGAACUCGAGCCCUGCUGUUGACAGGCAGUGUCUCUCAGGAAGCCCGCUGCCGCGGAAUGCGCCAACCUCUAGUUCACGGAGCUUGGGAACCUCGGCAGGAGGAACCUACAUCGCCAGGGCGCUGUUUCCGCGGCUCAGCCGCGCUUAGCCCAACGGAAGUGGAGGAGCCGGAGCUCUACUUGCGAAGCGAGCUGUCACCCUGGCGACGGGAGGGUCGCGGAGCAACGCCCUUUCCGCCGGAAGUGGGUUUCAGAGCCUCCACGUGCUGUCCCUCCCACCUCCCGGCCAAGUAACGGCCGCUCCGCUGCUGUCAUGGACCCUGCCGGCCUGGAGCAGAUCCUGCGGGAGCUGCUGCUGCCGGACACCGAGCGCAUCCGCCGGGCCACCGAGCAGCUUCAGACCGCUCUUCGGGACCCGGCCUCGCUGCCCGCGCUCUGCGACCUGCUGGCCUCUGCGGCCGAUCCUCAGAUCCGUCAGUUCGCAGCUGUGCUGACCCGCAGAAGACUGAGCACCCGCUGGCGACGGCUGGCAGCGGAGCACCGGGAGAGCCUCAAGUCCCUGGUCCUGACGACCCUCCAGAGAGAAACAGAGCACAAUGUGAGUCUUAGCCUGGCCCAGCUCUCAGCCACUAUUUUUCGGAAGGAAGGCCUGGAGGCCUGGCCUCAGCUCAUGCAGCUUCUUCAGCACAGUACCCAUAGCCCCCACGGCCCUGAGAGAGAGAUGGGGCUUAUGCUGCUAAGUGUAAUGGUGACCUCCCGGCCUGAGGCCUUCCAACCCCACCACCGGGAGCUUCUUCGGCUUCUGAAUGAGACCCUUGGUGAGGUGGGCUCUCCUGGGCUUCUCUUCUACUCUCUUCGCACUCUGACCACCAUGGCCCCUCACCUCGGCACUGAUGACGUGCCUCUGGCACGGAUGUUAGUGCCCAAGCUCAUCACAGCUGUGCAGACUCUGAUUUCUGUAGAUGAGGCAAAGGCCUGUGAGGCCAUGGAGGCCCUGGAUGAGUUGCUGGAGUCAGAGGUGCCUGUCAUCACCUCCAACCUCUCUGAGAUCCUCACAUUCUGCCUGGGGGUGGCUGGAAACGUGGCCCUGGGUGAUACAGUGCGUGUACGUAUUCUCUGCUGCCUCACUUUUUUGGUCAAAGUGAAGAGCAAGGCCUUACUGAAGAAUCGUCUCCUGCCUGCCUUGCUGCACACCCUUUUCCCCAUUAUGGCUGCUGAGCCCCCCUUGGGCCAGCUGGAUCCUGAGGACCAGGAUUCAGAGGAGGAAGACCUGGAGAUUGGGCUGGUGGGAGAGACACCCAAGCACUUUGCUGUACAGGUUGUGGACAUGCUGGCACUGCAUUUGCCCCCUGAGAAGCUCUUUACCCCGCUGAUGCCCAUGCUGGAAGAGGCCUUGCGGAGUGAGAGCCCAUACCAGCGCAAGGCUGGACUUCUGGUGCUGGCUGUGCUGUCUGAUGGAGCUAGUGACCACAUCAGGCAGAGACUGCUGUCCCCGCUACUGCGGAUUGUGUGUAAGGGCCUGGAGGACCCAUCACAAGUUGUGCGUAAUGCUGCGCUAUUUGCCCUGGGCCAGUUCUCAGAGAACCUACAGCCUCAUAUCAGCAGCUAUUCAGGGGAGGUGAUGCCACUGCUCCUCGCCUACCUGAAGUCAGUGCCUCCUGGGCACACACACCACCUAGCCAGGGCCUGCUAUGCCCUUGAGAAUUUCGUGGAGAACCUAGGGCCUAAAGUGCAGCCCUACCUUCCGGAGCUUAUGGAGUGUAUGCUGCAGCCUCUGAGGAACCCCAGCAGCCCCCGGGCCAAGGAGCUGGCUGUGAGCGCCCUGGGGGCCAUUGCCACGGCUGCCCAGGCCUCCCUGUUGCCCUACUUCCCCACCAUCAUGGAGCACCUGCGGGAAUUCCUGGUGAUAGGCCAUGAGGACCUUCAGCCUUUGCGGAUCCAGAGCCUGGAGACGCUGGGGGUGCUGGCAAGAGCAGUGGGGGAGCCCAUGAGGCCCCUGGCUGAGGAAUGCUGCCAGCUGGGGCUGGGCCUAUGUGACCAGGUAGACGACCCUGACUUACGGCGCUGCACGUACAGCCUGUUUGCAGCCUUAUCGGGGCUGAUGGGUGAGGGCCUGGCACCCUACCUGCCACAAAUCACCACACUCAUGCUGUUGUCACUGCGUUCCACUGAGGGCAUUGUGCCUCAGUAUGACAGCAGCAGCUCCUUCCUUCUGUUUGAUGAUGAGAGCGAUGGGGAGGAAGAGGAGGAGCUCAUGGAUGAGGACGAGGAAGAGGAGGACGACUCAGAGAUUUCAGGGUACAGUGUGGAGAAUGCCUUCUUCGAUGAGAAGGAAGACACCUGUGCUGCCUUGGGGGAGAUUUCUGUGAACACCAGUGUGGCCUUCCUUCCCUACAUGGAGAGUGUUUUUGAAGAAGUAUCCAAACUUCUGGAGUGCCCUCACCUGAAUGUGCGCAAGGCAGCCCAUGAGGCUCUGGGUCAGUUCUGCUGUGCGCUGCACAAGACCUGUCAAAGCUGCCCCUCAGAACCCAACACUGCUGCUCUGCAGGCCACCCUGGCCCAGGUGGUGCCGUCCUACAUGCAGGCAGUAUAUGGGGAGCGGGAGCGCCAAGUGGUGAUGGCCGUGCUGGAGGCCCUGACAGGGGUAUUGCGCAGCUGUGGGACCCUCACACUGCAGCACCCUGGGCGUCUCGCUGAGCUCUGCAACAUGCUUAAGGCCGUGCUGCAGAGGAAGACAGCCUGUCAGGACACUGAGGAGGAGGAGGAGGAUGACGAGGACCAGGCUGAAUAUGAUGCCAUGUUGCUUGAGUACGCUGGUGAGGCCAUUCCUGCCCUGGCAGCUGCAGCUGGGGGAGACACUUUUGCCCCCUUCUUCGCUGGGUUCUUGCCAUUAUUGCUCUGCAAGACGAAACAGGGCUGCACAGUGGCAGAGAAGUCCUUUGCAGUGGGGACACUGGCAGAAUCCAUUCAGAGCCUCGGUGCUGCCUCAGCCCAGUUUGUGUCCCGCCUGCUCCCUGUGCUGCUGAGCGCCGCCCGGGAGGCAGACCCUGAAGUGCGGAGCAAUGCCAUCUUCGGGCUGGGUGUGCUGGCUGAGCACGGGGGCCGCCCUGCCCAGGAGUACUUCUCCAAGCUGGUGGGACUCCUGUUGCCCCUCUUGGCACGGGAGCGCCAUGAUCGUGUCCAUGACAACAUCUGUGGGGCACUUGCCCGCCUACUGAUGGCCAGUCCCACAAGGAAACCAGAGCCCCAGGUGCUGGCUGCUCUGCUGCAUGCCCUGCCACUGAAGGAGGACUUGGAGGAGUGGGUCACCAUAGGGCACCUCUUCAGCUUCCUGUACCAGAGCAGCCCUGACCAGGUUGUAGAUGUGGCUCCUGAGCUCCUGCGCAUCUGCAGCCUCAUUCAGGCUGACGACAAGACCCCACCAGACACCAAGGCCUCACUGCUGCUGCUCCUGACAUUCUUGGCCAAACAGCAUACCGACAGCUUCCAUUCAGCACUGGGCUCACUGCCUGGCGACAAGGCUCAGGAACUCCAGGCCAUCCUGGGCCUCACCUAGUAGACUGUGGGCUGCAGCUGGGCGAGAGAGAACAGCCUGCCUGGGCCCCAAGACCACCUGUCAGCCCAGUUCCACCUCAUGCCUUACCAAAGAUUCUGGAGUCCCAGCCCUGCUUGCUGCCUUAUAGGGCUGUCCCUGGGGCUGGAUCUGCUAUGCUAUGGGACAAUACAAAUGGACCCGUGACAACAUACUGUAAUAAAGGCAGUUCAUUUUCUGCUUAAA